GUGGCACUGAAAGAGGACAUGUUAAGAGAGAGAGAGAGACAUUUCCAAAGCAGUGAAAUUGAUAUGAAAGAACAACUCAGGAAUUGUAACGUGUGUGCCAUCCCAUGUUCAUGUUGUAUGCAUUCCAAGCAAAUGACAUCUCCAAUAGGAAUAAACACUGAUGAAUUUUUUGAUGCCUGUAAGAGAGAGGAUGUUUGUCGGGGUUUUUCUGGUAAUGUUGAUAUGCUGUCGCCAUCUUUAUGUUAUGCAUGCAAUGGGAGGCAUCAUACAAGCAGUGAGACAAGCAACCUCUUUAGUGCAUGCUCAAAUCUAGUGCAGGGGUUGACGGAUCUGAUGUGGUUAAAGAUCCUCCGGAGUCACAGCCUGUUGACCGUAACAAGGUAUCUGAUUCUGCAGAGAUUGAAGUAAGAAUUUGUGAUAUAUGUGGAGAUGCUGGUCAGGAGGACUUGCUUGCUAUCUGUAGCACUUGCAGUGAUGGAGCAGAACAGAUCUAUUGCAUGCGUGAAAAACUGAACAAGAUUCUUGAAGGAGAUUGGAUGUGUGAAGAAUGCAUACUCAAUGAAGAAAACAAAAGGGACGUGCUACAGAAAUUUGAAAAAGCAGCAGCAAGAGUAUCAAGUCAACCUUCCUCGAAUACAGCAGCACAAAACUUUAGAAAUUCUAGUGCUUUGGAUGAUAAUAAUAGUUUGAAAUUGAAUAGCACAGGUAAAGUUAAGUGUAGUCCUAACUUCUCCUCUAAGAGACCUUCAGGCAAUUUAGAAGCUAUCUCAGUGACUAAAAGAACAGUGUUUAAAAGUGUUGAACAAGAAGGAGCUUCCAAACCCUCUAGCAAAACUUGCCUGUAUUCUUCAUUCAAUAAGGAGAAUUUGAAGCAAACUCCUGAAGUGACUGCACAGGGUGACUGCUUUUCAAAAUAUACUAUCAAAACAGGCAAUAAAUCACAUGAAGCACGGCCAGAGUAUCGAAAGUCUAAUGGUAAUUUUCUUAUAUAGCUUUGAGGCAGAUAUCCAACUCGACAGUGCUUGCCAUCUCCAACUGAUGAAGACUCGUCCUCAUCAGCCUCUUCAUCAGCCACAACUAUUUCAAAUACCACAACUAGUGACACUUGACAUGUUAAUGGUAUUGAUGGUUAUUUUUUUGUUGUAUAGGCAGUAGAUAUUUUGACAUGGGG